AAAACAAAAAACGAAGAAAUUUCACAAGGGGCAGAGCAAGCAGGAGCUUUUGCAGCAGCAAACCACGGAAGGAAAAACAGGAAACUGGAAACUUUUAUUUGCUGCUGAUGAUUGUUGAUGGUUCUUGGAGACUGAAGAGGAGAAGAUUCACUAACAUUGAUCCCAUGGAGGCUGCAUCCGCCAAGGCUAAGCUCGCUGCUGCAAAAGAGAAGUUUGGACGAGAAAUCCGUGUCUUUGAAACUUUGCCAACAUCAAGUGAAGUCUCCAAUACUGAGGAGCCAGAUGACUUCUAUGAGUUCACUCCAGAAGAUUACUAUCGAGUAAUGGCAAGUAAAAAGGAAGAUAAGUUCUUGAAAACACGAAAAAUUCGAGAAGCAGAAGAGGCAGCUCGAAGAUCAAAAAUAACAAAGGUUGUGAUAAGGGUUCGCUUUCCUGAUAACCACACAUUAGAGGUAACAUUUCAUCCAUCAGAGACAGUUCAGAGCUUAGUUGACUUUAUGAAGAAAGUGAUUGCUCGACCAGAUUUACCAUUCUAUAUAUAUACUACUCCUCCCAAGAAGCAAAUGAGGGACAUGACACAGGAUUUUUUCUCUGCUGGCUUCGUUCCUGGUGCAAUUGUGUAUUUUUCGUACGAUCUGCCAAAAGCUGCCAAUUCAGCCCCCUUCCUUCAAGAUGAGAUAAUGUCUUUGAAAGGUUUGGAAGUCAUUGCUGAGCAGCCAGAGCCAGUUCAAUCUGCUCCAGAACCAGCUGCUACCAGUGCAGCACCAGCCACUGUUGUGCAAGAGAGCAAACCUACUGAGAAAAAACCUGCCAAGCCAAAGUGGUUUAAAAUGUGAUUUGACCAUCACAAGCCAGAGCUCCUUUAUUCCCUUGUAGCACUUUUGUUCCAUUUUGAGAGGUGUGAUUCCCCUUCAUAUCUCCAUAGUGAUGCCUGAAUCUUGGCCCUGCUCCUGCUGGUGAGCUUCAACAUAUGAUGUCAACAGUCCUAGAUGUCAACAGACAGUCGAUUGUAAUGGCAGAUCAAAGCAGAAAGUUGUUCAAUGGUGUCUAACAGGUGACUCUUUUUCAUAUGGCAACCCUUUGUGGAGGAUGUUUAUACUUACCAAGUCAGAUGUGAAUAUUUUGAUGUGUUAAGCCGUGGUCCUUUACACAGUUGCAUAAUUGAUUCCUUUGCUUGAUUAUUCCA